UUUCACCCCUUGCUGCUCCAGACACACCCUUGCAGGAGGAUUGUGCGGAGAUAAUAAUCGACACUGUAAGCAGGUUAGACAUGGCAGAGGGAAGUAAUGGGUCUCCUACUGCUGUUCCCCAGAACUCCAGUGAUUGGUAUCGGUAUCCGCCUGGAGUUUUAUGUAACAAGGAUGCAACCAAGACCAAAGAGUACCCCACAGCUAGCAAAACGAGUUUGGUCAGUCAACCUGAAGCACACACCUGUGAGAAACCCUACAUGUGUGGGGAGUGUGGGUAUAGGACAGCUUACAACUCAAAUUUAUCCCAGCAUAUGAGAACUCAUACUGGUGUCAAACCCGACAUGUGUGACUAUCCCGAUGCACAAACGUCUACGUUGAAACAAAGUUGUGAGGAACCCUACUUGUGUGGGGAGUGUGGAUACAGGACAACUCAGAAGUCGGAUUUAUCUGAACACAUGAGAACUCAUACAGGCCGAAAACCCUACAAAUGUAACCAGUGUGACUAUUCUGCUGCACAUAAAUACAACUUGGGCAGACAUCUAGCCAAACACACUGGAGACAAGCCCUACAUGUGUGGGGAGUGCGGGUACAGGACAGUUCAAAAGUCUCAUUUGUUCGACCAUAUGAGAAUUCAUACCGGUGAAAAACCCUACAAAUGUGACCAGUGUGACUAUUCUGCAUCAAAGAAAAGUAUUUUGGAUUAUCAUCUAGCCACACAUACUGAUGACAAACCCUAUAUGUGUGGGGAGUGUGGGUUCAGGACAGCUCGGAGGUCUGCCUUAUCCCGGCAUAUGAGAAGACACACAGGGGAAAAACCCUACAAGUGCGACCAGUGUGACUAUUGUGCUUCGCGGAAAUCCACUUUGGACCAACAUCUAGCCAUACACACUGAUGAUAAGCCCUACAUGUGUGGGAAGUGUGGGUACAGGACAGCUCGGAAGUUUGACCUGGUGAGACAUAUGAAAACUCAUACUGGUAAACAAGAAUAAACAAUCUGAUCAGUGUGACUAUUCUGCUGCACAUAAAUCUAUACAUUGAUAACUUUUCCCAACAUAUGAGAACUCGCACAUGACACAAAAAAACUACAAAUGUGACCUGUGUGACCAUUCUGCAGUAAAGAAAUGUAAUUUUGACUGACAUCUGAGACAACACACAUACUGAGACGCACCUUACAUGACGGUGUGCCUUAACACUUCAAACGACCUAAUACAACCUGAAACGACCUAAAACUGCUCUAAUAUGCAAUGUACAUGGAACAACAACCUUGUGUGAUGCUAUGGCUUAUGCAUUUAUGGAUUUAGAAAACACAGCAAGUAUUUAGCGUUAUUGUAUGUAAAUUCACCGGUUUCAAGAUCGAAGCAAUGUCUGGCCGCCAUGUUGGAUCGUCUAUAUCUAGAGUCUGUGUGGGGAAGUUCUUGGACGAGUUCAUUUGGCGGGAAUACCGGACUGUUUGACUAAGUUGAGGCCAUGUCUUGUGAAGUGACCCUCUGUGACAUAAAAAAAGUAUUUA